CUGGCUACGAAGUCGGCGCUCUGCUUCUUGCUUGCGAUGAAGUAGAGCAGGGGACGGGUACCUGGAAUCUAGCAAGAUUGCAAUUUUGAAAUGCGGAUAGCGUGUUUGAUGGACAUUUUGUGAGCGAGCUUGCAUCCUACUCUCAAGACUGAAACCGCAGCGCGCCAACUAAAAAAAGCGUUCGGACUUGCACGUCCAAGUUGUUACACAAUUUACAAAUAUUGUUUCCCGUAUCUACACAGUUCGCAUAUUUUUUCCAUUUUUAUGUAGCUGUCACAAUUUUAUCGCAUAGGAUAGGACACAUCGGAUCUGAAUGGUUUUUGACGUAUCUGAGCAAGCGAAAGUGGAUUCUCCGUAUUGUGGAUCAAAGUCGCCAAAUAGCACGUCGACCAGCAACAUGGAUGUUUUGGCGAAUUACAGUAUCUUUCAGGAACUCCAGCUUGUCCACGACACUGGGUACUUCUCGGCGAUGCCGUCCUUGGAGGAGAACUGGCAGCAGACUUGUCUGGAGCUGGAGCGUUACCUUCAGACGGAGCCCAAGCGCCUGUCGGAGCUCUUCGAUGAGGAGAUCGACUCUCUGCUGACCCCCUCCUUCACCAAGGACGACAGCGAGGAGGAGCUGAGCGACCCCUUGCUCCCGGGCCUGGCCGAGCCCCCCAGCCCCCCUCCGCCCCUCCUCAGCCCGCCCAGGGAGCCCCGCGACCACCACCCCUCGCCCCCGGCCUCUGGGACCCAGAGCCCUGAUCCCCGCGUCGGAACCGCCGGCCACCACGGCCACCACGGCCACCACGGCCACCACGGUCACGCUCACGGAUCCGGCGUGAACCCGGCCCAGCUGAGCGCCGUCACCUCCCUGACGCCGCCCUCCUCCCCGGAGCUGGGCCGGCACCUGGUGAAGCCGGCGGCCGCCAGCGCCCAGACCCUCAGCGCCUCGGCCGACGGCACGCUCACGCUCAAGCUGGUGGCCCGCAAGGUGGGCCUCAGCGCCGCCAAGCUGGUGGCCGCCCACGCCCUCCCUUUGCCCGCCCGGCUGAGCGCCAGUGCCGACGACAGCGCCGGGGAAGGGGGCGCCGGCUCCGGCGGCGUUGGUGGUGCCGGGGGCGGCGACGUGCCGGAGAACAAGAAGAGGGUGCACCGCUGCCAGUUCAACGGCUGCAGGAAGGUGUACACCAAGAGCUCCCACUUGAAGGCGCACCAAAGGACGCACACAGGUGAGAAGCCGUACAAGUGCUCUUGGGAGGGCUGCGAGUGGCGCUUUGCCCGGAGCGACGAGCUGACGCGGCACUACCGCAAACACACCGGCGCCAAGCCCUUCAAGUGCAACCACUGCGACAGGUGUUUCUCACGAUCGGACCACUUGGCACUGCAUAUGAAGAGGCACAUCUGAGGAUGGAAAAAUAUGGAGUGCGGGAGAAUGCGUGAGAGGGUGAAGAGAGAAGAGGAAACAAGUGAGAGGAGAGAGAAAGGACAAAACUGUAAAUGAGAGGGAGAAAGAGAGAGAGAACGUGAUGGAACGUAUGAAACAGUCAUCCUGGCCUCAUCUUGAGAGAGAGAGAGAGAGA